UCCCCAUGGAUUCGCAAUGGCGCUUUCGUAUGGGUGUCCAGUUAAAUAAACAAUAUUUUGCUACAAAACACAUGAAAAUAGAAUUAUUCUAUAUCUGAUCGACUUUAAUUAGGUGAAAAUCGAUCGAUCCAUUCUACACACUACUGCCUCGGUUGAUCGAGGCGAUCGAUAUCACGACAGAUUGUGGACGUCCUUAACCUAACAUUCGACGACGUUGAUAAUAAAACUAUUGACAAAUGGAGGAUAAACAAUUGAAACUGUAUGACAGUUAGACUCCUCGAGGUAAAUACUGGAAUUCCUGGUAGAUGUCGAGAGGAAGCAUUGUUUAUUAAAGAGCAGUCACGAUAUUCUUGCCGAACAUUUACCUGUUCUACUAGACCCCCUGUUAACCAUGUCGGGUAAAGGCAAGCAAAGUUCCAAAAAGGCUGUCGUCAAGAUCCGAGAGAGUGGGAAGACUGUCCAGUCUUCAACACUGAAUUCAGACACAAGCUCGGAAAGUAUGGAGACAACAAUGUCUUUACCUGUAUUAAAAAUUGCCGACAAUAGCCGCCUUCUUCCAAGAUACAGCAGUAUUCUACAGCGCAGCGUGGAGGAAGGUGUUGGAAUGGAGGACCUAGAUACGUUACAGUUAGAAUUAGAAAUGCUCCUGUCGUCUGUCGUCGUGCGACAUCGUAUGAUUCAAGAGGAAAUAGCAAGCUUAUCGUCAGCUGAGGAGCGCAGAGACAGAAGGUCGAAAAGUGGGAAAGGCCUUUCGCUUCUGGACAAGAAGGUCAAGGAUGAGAAAUUCAAGCCAAAGGAACUCAACGCCAAAACUCAGUCACCUUUGCCAGCGAAGCUGUUCAAGCAAAAAGCUGUCUCCAGCUCGAACUCUCAAGUCAUUCCAAAUGUGCACGAAAUCACUAGGAUCGAGGGCUCGAAAUCCGAGUCGCCGAAGUUACUGUUACCGAAAAACGACACGCCUAAUAAAUUUUGGGCGUCUGUGGAUCCCUACUGUACAGACAUCAUGCCCGACGAUAUUAAACUGUUGGAAGAACUGAUUGCCACCCAUAGUGAUAUUAGUGAAUUCAAGAAGGUUCCUCCGUUGGGACGACAUUACAGUUUGAUAUGGGCUCACAACGAUCUGCUGCAAGAGGAGGACGCAGCGAAUCCGAAUAGAGAGAAGAAAAAAAGUCGUUCGGACGUGUCUCUGUUAGUGGGAAAGAAUGACAAGAAGGCGCACAGUAUAGCUGGGCCACUUACGCAGAGAUUGGUCUCUGCUUUGCUGGAGGAGAAUGUGUACGUUGCUAAUAAUAAUACAGAUAAUAAACUAUUCAGGGACAGCGAUCCACCUGUAUUGAGGGAUCUUACGAUUCAGAACUCCAUUAAUUUAGAAUUAAGAAUGCACAAGGAACUGGUCGAACAGGGAAUCCUGGAGGCUGAUCCCCAGAAACGAGGUCAGGACGACGAUGAGAUUUUAACGGAAAUUAAAAGAUGUCAGCAAGAACUCCAAGCGCUAUCGAAUCAUAAUGUGAUGCAAUUGAAGAGGCUGCUGACGUUGGCCCAGGAGGAGAGCAAACGACAGGCACUGAAACGAAAGAUCAGCACCGCAGACAACGAGGUGAUCGAACACUACAAGAAACUGAUGCUCUCGAAGCAAAGGAAGAUCCCGUUGACGAAGAAGGAACACGAGAAAGCGUGGGCGUGUUUGCGGGAGAGGGAAAAUCUUUUAGACCAACUGAACAUGUUACCGCAUAACAAUCUAGGAGAACCACAAAUAGGUUUUGCCAAUGCAAUGAAUUAAUUUCUUUCUUUUUUUUACGAUACUGUACAUUAUCA